AUGUACGCCUUCAACGCCGCCGCUCUCCUCGCCCUCGUUGGUGCUGCCGCUGCCAAGCCCACCAUGACCAUGUCUCCUUACCCCAUGCCCACUGGACACAAGAACGGCACCGUCACUGUCACCACCGUCGUCGACAGCUACACCACCUACUGCCCUGGCCCUACCAGCUUCCACAUGGGCGGCAAGGACUACGUCGUCACCAAGCCCACCACUCUGAUCAUCACUGACUGCCCUUGCACCGUCACUGAGACUCACCCCGCUGGUCCUACUUGGAUUCCUGGCCACCCCGGCUACAAGCCCGAGCACCCCGGCAAGCCUGGCCACCCUGAGCCUGAGCACCCUGAGCACCCCGAGGUCCAGAAGCCUGGCAAGCCUGGACACCCCGAGAUGCCUGAGCACCCUGAGCACCCCGAGGUCCAGGAGCCCGGCAAGCCUGGACACCCCGAGAUGCCUGAGCACCCCGAGGGUGAGAAGCCUUCCGGCGAGCACCCCGCUACUCCUGAGCACCCCGCUACCCCCGAGACUCCCGAGGGUGAGAAGCCUGCUGGCGAGAAGCCCUCCGGUGAGCAGCCCAGCAAGGAGACUGAGGUCCCCGAGCACCCCGUUGUCACUGCCGGUGCUGGUGCCGUCCAGAUCGGACUCGGUCUUGCCGCUUUCCUCGGUCUCGUUGCCCUGUAA